UCGGCUUGGGUGAAAGGGGAAAGUUCGGAGGUCGCCAUGUUGUUGUCUUUGUGCAUAAGAGUGAAGCUCGAUCUCACAUCACUCUUCCCUCUUCCCCCGAGUCCUCUCUAAACUCUUCCCCCCCUGGGUUUCUACCCUCCCGAACCUCUCCCCUUCUACCCUCACAACCCCAACCCAUCCCCCGGUCACCUUCCAGCGCUCGAACCGGCCAUUUAAGAAAAUUUUGAUCUCCAUUCUAGAUUUUCUCUGUGACCAAAGACCAACCCGGCCCCCCUAAGUUCGGCACGGAAGGCCCACACACGGCAGCUGCAGCUAUGGACUCCGGUGUGAUUGAAGGAGGGCUCAAUGUCACUCUUACCAUUAGGCUGCUCAUGCACGGCAAGGAAGUUGGCAGCAUCAUUGGAAAGAAAGGUGAAUCUGUGAAGAAGAUGCGUGAAGAGAGCGGGGCGCGCAUCAACAUCUCCGAGGGCAACUGUCCCGAGAGAAUCAUCACUUUGGCCGGGCCGACCACCGCCAUCUUCAAGGCCUUCUCUAUGAUCAUUGAUAAACUGGAAGAGGACAUCAGCAGCUCGAUGACAAACAGCACAGCCGCCAGCAGGCCCCCGGUGACCCUGCGCAUCGUGGUGCCCGCCAGUCAGUGCGGCUCCCUCAUUGGCAAAGGUGGCUGCAAGAUCAAGGAAAUCCGAGAGUCAACCAGUGCUCAGGUCCAAGUGGCAGGUGACAUGCUGCCCAACUCCACGGAGCGUGCCAUUAGCAUAGCUGGAACGCCCCAGUCGAUCAUUGAGUGCGUCAAGCAGAUUUGUGUGGUCAUGCUCGAGUCCCCCCCGAAGGGCGUCACGAUUCCCUACAGACCCAAACCUUCGGGAUCCCCCGUCAUCUUCGCAGGCGGACAGGCCUAUGCGGUACAAGGACAGCACGCCAUUCCACAGCCAGAUUCUUCCUCUGCUGCUAUCUCUCCACAGCUCACCAAGCUUCACCAGCUGGCUAUGCAGCAGAGCCCCUUCCCCAUCGCGCACAGCAACCAGGGAUUCACCGGAAUCGAUGCUUCCGCUCAGACCAGUUCUAAUGAGAUGAAAAUUCCAAACGAGCUCAUCGGAUGCAUCAUUGGCCGCCAAGGCGCCAAGAUCAAUGAGAUCAGACAAAUGUCGGGCGCCCAGAUCAAGAUAGCGAACCCGGUGGACGGCUCCACCGACCGACAGGUGACCAUCACGGGCUCACCUGCCAGCAUCAGCUUGGCGGAGUACCUCAUCAACGCCAGUGUAGAGUCCUCUAAACCUCCUCCUCCUCCCUCUUCCUCCUCUUCCUCCUCCUCCUCCUUGAAACCCGAACCGAGCAGCCCGUGCCCUUCCUCCACCUCUACUACCACCUCUACUACCACUGCUGCUACUACUACUAGCACCUCCUCUGCUUCCUCCUCCUGUGUGGUGCCCCCCUCAGCCUCCAUCCCUCUGUCCUUGUUACCUCCUGGACCUCCUCCUCCUCCUUCCUCCACCACAUCCUCCUCCGACCCCUCUCCCGCCUGUGUGUCCAGUCUCCUCACACUCAAGCCCCUGCCUCUGCUGGCCCUCCAUGUUGUCAGCGGGGCCGCCAACCCUGAGCCCAAAAUGGCCCCCGAGCUGGGCUCCAAGUCCAAGCGGCGACGGCUUUCCCCUUACUAACACGUCCUCUGCCUACACCUGCUUUGGCCACGUCUACUAAACACACACACUCGCAUACGUCACAACACCUUGCAAGAUUUCUGGUAAGUUCACGGUAAAUUUCAAAGUCCGUGUCCACAUUUAUUGUAAAGGCAGAUUAAGCGUUAGUACGAAACACCGUUUAUUUACUGCAGUACAGUACUUUGAAUCUGUAAUAAGUCACACAAACAACUGUACUUCUUUCUUUCAGUUUCAUCCUAAAAUAUAUUUUCCCCAAACUAAAUCUGAAUUGCCAAUUUGUUUCAUUGGUGGAAAGUUUGCAACAUUGAAAAUUACCAGAAUUUUGCAACCUUACACACACACACACACACACACACGCGCGCUCACAGUUCGCUGCCUAAUUUACUUUCUUUCCUGUCAAGUGUGAUUAUUGUUAUGAUUACUAUUCUAACUAAGUGACUUUUGCAUGCAGAGCGGAUGUCCGCUGAAGGCUUUUUUUUUCCCUCUGUGUGUGUUUAAGAUGUGCUCAGGUAGCAGCUCUUUCUCCCAAGAUGAUGUCAUGCUUGUGCUAGUAAUUUGUUUAGGCAUCACCUCGGUAACAGCGAGUGGUUUUUUUUUUUUUUUUCCCGCCCAAUGUACAUAAAGGAGCUUUAGUCCACGCUCAGGUAUACACACUAUGAAUUCCAAUUGAGCGUUGUGGGUUUUUGUUUUUUUUGCCGAGGGUUGUUUCUAUGAACCUAAUUUCUAUCAUUUAAAUUAAAGUCUGAAUUCCUCAUCAUCAGUCCACUGGCCACUCUUGGCCACUUUCUCUAUUUAAGGCUCUAUGCACCCAAGACAUUGUGUAGGUAGAUGUACGCAUGUGUACAAGUCAUUGACUGGCAGCAUGUUUUGUUGAUGUCUGGCCUGCGGUGUGGGACUUCCAUUGUGGAGCUGAAUUCCACAAAAACAAAUUUCCUCUCUCCCUUUAAAGACAAUUUUUCUCAUCAGAAAUAUAAAAUGUAAAUUGCCAUUCAUGCUGAACCUGUCACCAGCAUUAAAUUUUUUUAAUUUUUUUUUAUAGCUAUCAGACAGGUUCAAUUGAGCACGUUUUAUGUUUGAGGUAAACUCUGGAAUUGAUAUCUUUGUGAUUUGUAUGGCAGUGAUUACUGGAUACCAGAUUUAAUUUUAAUUUAAGAAUUCAAAUCAUACCAAUCAAAUGAUUGUCAUGAAAGUAUUAUCAAAGUAAAAAAAAAAAAGGGUAGUAAUCCCCCUCAAUACUUGUUUACUUCUGUCAAAUUGUGUACCGCCCAUACUUUGAGUUUUCUGUCGAUGUCCGAAGCUCACUUUUUGAGGUGGUUUUGCGCAAGUUGAAUAAUCAGGCUACGUGCAAAAAAGGACUGCCCCAUUUUUGUCGAACUUGCAACUCAACCGUGAUUUAGAUCAGUAAAGGUCCCACUUUGGAAGUCACUACAGAGUCCCACAGUGAGCCAGAGAUCACCGAUUCAUUUAUCCACUCAACCUAAAAAUAAAAUAUAGUUAGCCCACUCUUGUUCUUAGCAUCUUAAAUAUACUAAAGCAUUUGUAACAAGCCACUCCUUAAAACUAUUUCAUCUUUGAAGAUGCCACUUGUUUUUUUCUCUUGGGAAAUAUUUGAUCUGUUCCAGGACUUGGCAUGAUUGUCUAGGGUAAGCUUUUAAAUGUUGCCCUACAUAAAAUGUAAAGGAAGUAAGCCACUGUCUUUUGAAACUACAAUAAAGUCAAACUGCACACCCUA